AGAUUAUCGAGCAAACGUCCACUCCGUGUUCCGAACCAACUGUGCUUAUUGUACAUACAACAUAUAAUACGUAACAUAUAUAAAAAUAUGCCUGGACUAGAUGAGUUCCAAGUUGUCAGAAGAAGAAGACCUGCACGUCGUCGCCGGAUAAUUCCAUUGCUUCCGGGUGAAGUCCUGGACGCUCCUGAAAUAAACACGGAGCAGUUAAUACGCUCGAUUCUCGAUGCCGUGAUAGUCCUGCGUAACUCGCCUUACCGGCAAACACUCUACGAUGGUUUAUCGGAAACACUCUCGAUAUUAGAUCGUGACGCAAUACCAGAAAUAGUUUGCUACGGUUUGGGAAAUUUUUCACAAUGCCGUUCUUCGAAGCACCAGCUUGCGGCAUUACUCACCAUUAAAUCCCGCUAUAAGAGCCAAGUCUUCAUUUACGACCCGGUAUUUUAUCCCCAAGAAUUGGAAGUGCUUAAAAUAUUAGGGCUAUCGAUUAUUCCCAACAAUGAACAGGCCGUGAGACCGGUCAACGACGACACACUGACUUUAUUUUACAUGCCGCACUUGUUUAAGGGAUUGAUCGCCAAUUGCAUCUACGCAAACUGGGGCGCUGAUCUGAAUAAUUGUAUAUUGGUAACAAACAGCUUUAAAACUAUGGUCGACGAUUUUAACAGUGGAAUCGGUUUAGACGCAGUUGACGAUCCCGGGUACCCUGAGGCUCUUCAGCUGAUUAAGAAAGCCGCUACUCUCGCUCAUGAGAUUGUUCUUGAUGAGUCUUUUGACGAUGAUCAACAUUAUAUGGCUAACGCAUUUAAUUCUACUUCCAUUCAUCUUUUCACUAAGUCACGGCUCGACGCGGUCUCCGGAGACUUCUGGGCCGCUUUGCCCGGGUUACCUUAUCGACCUGAUGAUGCCGGGCGUGAGCUUUGAUUUGUUGGAUUUUGUUUGAUUUAAAAAUGAAUUCAAAUUUGCAACUAAUCCGUUCGCUGUUACGUGAAAUCCGUCUUACAUCCAGUGAAAGUAAAAUAAAGGAGAACAUUGUCGUGCGUUACAUCAUGGAGCAGGCUAGAGCACAUAAGGAAACUUCCGAGACGCUUUGCAAAGCUCGUGAGGAAUUGCUUCACUUGGCGACUACUUAUAAUUGCUAUUUAAGUUCUCUGAGAACUUAUAAUGAAAUUAACACCCAGUACGCUGGAGCUGGAGAGCGCACUGUUCGCGAGACUGCUGAUCUGGUCGGCUUCAAACUUCCCCACGAUCCAAAGUAAAUAACAUAUACUUUAUUAUUCAAAUGCAGUUUUAUUAUGUGUAUAAAGAAAAUAGUAUGUAGAUUGCAAUAAAUUUUUACGUAUUAUACUAUUAUAUGAGAUA